GCUUCAAACUAGACAUCUUUGUAUUAAUUAUAUACAUACAUAUACACAUUAUGAGUGUACAACAUACAUACAUAUAUCUCUCUAUUUAAUUUAUCGUGAACACACAAAGUCGCAUAGUGUGCACUGUCGUCUAAAUGUUGAUGCCGCGCUUGCAAGCCAACAGCAGCAGCAACAAAAACAACACCCACAGCUACCACAAGAACAACAACGACACCUAUAACAACAGCUCUAUUUCCGGGAGCAGCAAAAGGUCCCAUCCGGCCCCCAUCACAGUGGCCGAACACACAAAAAUGCGACUACUGAGCAAAGUCGAGCAAAAUAUGCGCCAACAGAAUCAAAAUCAAAGCGUUAAAAAGCUAAUCAAUACAGCCGCGACGGGAAACGGAGUUGUGGGCGAUGUUGAUGGUCUCCUCACGCCGCUGCGCGUCAAGCAACAUGCGAGCGGGAAGGAACCAAAACCUGAGCGCAACCUGUGGAGUCGCGAGGAAAUGCUGCAAAUGUUGGGCAUAAUGCAACAGAUAAGGGCCGUUGAGCUACUAAACGAUCGCAAUGUGAAGAGUGAAAACGUCUUUAAGCGUAUAGAGGAGAUAAUGCGCAGCAAGGGCUUUGUAAAAAAGUCAGUAGUGCAGAUCUGGACAAAAUGGAAGUUUCUCAAGUCGACCUACAACACUACUCAACGUCAGAAGCUGGGCACCCCAAAGACCGUCCCCGAGGAGGUCUACCGUUUUCUGUGCAAAAUGCUGAGUUCCAAUGCGAACGGUGAUGAUGGCAGCGAGUGCGAAAAUUCAACAAACUCCUUGGACGGUACGGCUGACCUUUCACAGCACAACCAACAACAACAGGAGGAUGGCAGUCUAGACAACGAUUCGGAAAUGGGCGUUGAACAUCCAAUAUUUGGUUUUCGUUUGGGCGCAAUCAAACCGGAGCCAAUUGAUACAGGCUACGAAACAGUGAUCAAUCCUGACGACACCUCUGAACGGGAUACCCUGGACUUCAGUCGGAGCACAAAUGCCUCGCUGGCCACAGACAACGGAUUCGAUCACACACCCUUUGUGUUGUCCGUAAAGAAUGAGCCUGAUAUGGAUCUAAAUGUGCACUUAGAUGGAAAUGGUACUCACACGCCGCCCCCCACUGCACCGACAUCACCCUCAGCCACACCCUCGUCAGCAAUGCAGAAACUGCUGGCUACGGAGAGCAACAUGUUUACCUCAACACCUCAGCUACCGCCGCUGCGCGUAGCCUCCUUUGCCAAGGACAGAAUGCAACAUCCUACGCAUGGGGUGUUGCACAUCGAUUGUCCAAUACCCCAGACGCUGGUCAAGGCGGCACAGCAUACAGGUAUGCGUGGGCGUCCGCUUCAAACCAGCGGUAGCAUCAAUUUUGCGCAUCCCAACACCAAGCUGAUGUUGCCAACGCUGCAGCAUCCGGCGGCGCGUAAGAAUCUGCCGGUGCGUAUUCCACGGGAGAUCAGCAUACAGUCUACAAAUACACGCAAUACUGCCGCCAACAACAACGCGAUGCGACUCAAGCAGGUUCCUAUGCGCCAGACUGCCUACGCGUUGCGUCCCGAACGGCUGAUACCGGAUCUAGAUCAGUCCAUCUCGCCGCCGCAAUCCCCAAACUCCAAUCAACCGGUGGUGCCUACAAUGUUGUCGCGCGCCAUGUUUGGCCAUCCUACAACAGCUUCGACCAGCCGUCAGGCACAGAUGGAGGCGCAAAUAAUGCAGCAGCGCAAAAGGCGAGCGAUUACCGACAUGCCUUCCCCCCUUACUGCAAAGCAGCAGCGUAAUAUGUCUUCAGUCUCCAACCUGAAAUCACGCUAUGACGCAGAGUUCGGUGGUAAUAGCGAGGAUGAAGGCGAUGGUGCAGAUACGGCCGAUACGGCCAGUAAUGGCAGCACUUCUAAUCAUCAUCACGGGAGCGGCAAGGGCGCAGACGAGGCGCAGCAAUUAAAACAGGACGAGAUCUUUCAGAAGGAGCUCAGCCAACUGACCAGUGCCUUGUAUACCGCGCAGUCAAACAUGAUGCGAGACUUUUUUACACAGCAAAAGGAGAUGGCGCGGCGAGAGCAUGAGUUCCAGCUGAAGCAAGACACGAUCGUCAUGCGUGCCCUUCGCAAGCAAACCGAUGAAUUGCUGCGCACUGCAAACGAUCUAAUCAAGCAGGUGCAUAAGGUUGAAAAGGUUGAAAAGGUGGAGCCGAUGGACUCGAAACAAUCGCGCGCCAAGUUGCAAGAGUCUGAAAUAAUGACAGGUGGUCCUCAAGCGGAAGUCGAAGAGCAGCCAGAAAUUGAGCUGCAGGAAGACAUGGAAACCGCACAAGCAGAAGUUACAGCAAAGCAAGGAAAAUUAGAUGAGAAUGUGAGUGGCAUUAGCACCAUGCAAUUUGACCCUUCAGAGGGAAAAACUGCGCAAAUCGAAGGAAUAGAAAAGCCAUUUAAUGGUGAUGUGGAUGAAGAUACACAUCAGAGCAUUGAGGCAGAGAGUGAGGCAAACGAGAUGACAAAGGAAGCACCGACAACUGACGAUGCCUCAAGUCAGAGCCUCGAUACGCAGUAGAUUAUAAUAAUUCCAUUCCUUCUCUUAUAUAAUAGGUCUAAAGUAUUAUUAUCCGUACAAUUCUGUUACUGUAUUCCAAGAAUAGUUAAACAUUCCGACUAAGCAAGACAUUUUUUUGUAAUUGAUUUCCUAAAAUGGCACUGUUAGAGCGAAAAAAAAGACUUAUUAUAGUUAAUAACACUAUCUAUUAAUGAAAUAUAUUGUAUUUAGUUAUUUAUCAAAUGGGAAAAAUAAAGAAAACAGUCCCUGUUAAUUUAAACGAAAA